UACAUUACUUGGCUUGGCCAUAAAAUUUAAAACGUUAGAGAGAGAAAGAGAGGCACCACCGAAGUUCUAUUCCUGCGAUUCAAUCCUCACCCACCCACCUGGUUGCAACCGAACCACGAUGGCUCUUCUGAGUCGAACCGCCUCACGCUUCCCACACCUGGUGUCACCUCAGCGGGUGGUUUCCCUUCACACAACCCUCCCUUCCUUCUCCUCACCCACACCCUCACCCUAUGCUCCGCCAUCGCCUCCAUCGGCUUCCUCCCCCACCGGCGUCCCCAAGGCGGUGGAGUACGUCAUCUCCAAGGUCGACGAUCUCAUGAAUUGGGCUCGCACCGGCUCCAUCUGGCCCAUGACCUUCGGCCUCGCCUGCUGCGCCGUCGAAAUGAUGCACACCGGUGCCGCCCGCUACGAUCUCGAUCGCUUCGGGAUCAUUUUCAGGCCUAGCCCUCGUCAGUCUGAUUGCAUGAUCGUCGCUGGAACUCUCACCAACAAGAUGGCCCCUGCUCUUCGCAAGGUUUAUGACCAAAUGCCUGAGCCUAGGUGGGUCAUCUCAAUGGGAAGCUGUGCUAACGGUGGAGGAUACUACCACUACUCUUACUCUGUUGUAAGGGGAUGUGACAGGAUUGUUCCUGUUGAUAUAUAUGUUCCGGGCUGUCCUCCAACUGCUGAGGCUCUGCUGUAUGGACUCCUUCAGCUGCAAAAGAAGAUCAAUAGGCGCAAGGACUUCCUCCAUUGGUGGACACAGUGAGGUCAAUUAUGUUUAUUUCUUGGCAACCAAGUUACUUUUCAAUAAGCAAGCCAUGAAGUUUUACCUUGUUAAGAAGCGCCCCAUGUCUGGCGGAGAUUAUGAUGAUAUAUUACUAUAUAACUCAAUGUUCUAUGUGAUGCUUUAUAAGGGGCUUCAGAUCCCUUGGAAGUUGGAUGUUUAUUAUUUGUUUUUGUUUUUGCUUCUUAAUUACCUGGGAGUAUAAAAUGCCCACUCAGGUUUGGCUCAUAAGUAAUGGUUUUCAUGUUUGGCCAAUUUAGCUCUUGCUUACUCCUGGAUAAUGGUGUUGCAGUGUAAUUCGGAACUCAUGGUACAUUGUAUGUUAGCUUUCACUAUUAAAAUUUUGGGUGCAUUUUGGGUGAAAA